AGUUAAUCAAACAAUCAUGUAAAGAAAAAUAGAAUGCUAUAAUAAAGGACUGUUUACUUCAAUGGGUCAAUUUGAACUUAAACAAAGAUCUAAUGGUAAGACUAGUUUAGGAACUGGAUCUUUUGGAACUGUUAAUUUGGUUUAACAUGUUAAAUCAUCAGCACUUUAUGCAAUAAAAUCAAUUUAACAAAGCAAUAUCUAAACUCCAUAUGAAUAGGAAGGAGUGGAAAGAGAAAUAAAAGUACAUUUAAAGUGUCAUCAUCCAAAUAUAAUAAAUUUGUAUGAUAGUUUCAUUGAACAUGGAAACGUAUAUAUGGUAUUAGAGUAUGCUGAAAAUGGAAACUUAUAUAAUUAUGUGCAAAGGAAGAAGAGAUUAGAUGAAAAAGAAGCCUGUAAGUAUUUUAUACAAACUUGCAAAGCAUUACAAUAUUUGCAUGAAUUAAAUGUAUUCCAUAGAGAUAUAAAAGUAAUCAAUAAUAUAAAUAUAUUUAGCCUGAAAAUUUAUUAUUGGAUAGUAAUAACGAUAUUAAAUUAUGUGAUUUUGGAUGGUGUGCAGAGAAUAUUCAUCUUAAAAGAAAGACAUUUUGUGGAACCUAUGAGUAUAUGGCACCAGAAAUUGUCUCUGAUUUACCUUAUGAUUAUAAAAUUGAUAUAUGGUCAGUUGGAGUAUUACUAUAUGAAUUAUUGCAUGGAUAUGCUCCAUUUAAAGGAAAAGAAUAUAAAGAAAUAGCUGUUAAUAUAAAGAGUGGUUUAAUACGUUAUUCUAGUUCUAUAAAUUCAGAUGCCUAAGAACUUAUUAAGAACAUCUUAUAAAAAGAUCCAUCAUAGAGAUUAUCCUUUAAAGAUAUUUAUUAAUCCCCAUUUGUUUAGAGAUGCUAUCCUUAAUAAGGAUGUAAUAAUAUUAUAUAAUAAUUGUAAUAGAACUUAAGAUAUCUUUAUCUCCAAGGUCAAGUUUUUCAGUUGAUUAAAAUUCAAUAUAAAAAUAUCAAUCCCCUUUAAUAAGUCACAAAUAAUAACCUAUAGGUAGAUUAAAUUAAACUAAUGGGAAUAAUUUGAAUAAUUCUUCAUCAUUGAGUAUUAAAUCUCCUAAUAUAUCAAAAACAAGAGUAGAUUCAAAAAAACAAUCUAAUAAUAUAUUUGAUGAUAUAAAAAAGAAGAUUAUUUAUGAUUAAACUAGUCCUUUAAGAGAUGCCACUAAUAUGCAUAAACGAAAUUAGGCUAGUUUAACUAAUUUAAUCAAGAAUUCCAAUACUAAAAUUACUUAAAUAAAAAGUCCACAACCAAAAAAGAUUUAAUUGAGUAAAUAUUGUUCAAAAUCAAAAAAUUUUGAUGAAAAUGGAACUGUCAAACUAUUAGAUUAGUUUAAAUCUAUGCCAUCUUUUACAAUUGAAGAUUAAUAACAUACUUUUGAAGAAGAAAAUAGAUUAAAUUUAAAAACAGAUAGAGUUAUUAAAGGAUAAACUCAAUAAUGUAUAAGUAGAUUCAAAAAAGAAUCACAUUAAUCUUAAGAUUUAGAUAAGAUACUAAAAAUGUAUCUUAGUAUGUGUAGCAGUAGACAAUGA